GAUCCGACCCGCAUCCAAUCAGAGCCGGCUUAUUGGAACGCUCGAUAGGAUUUUGUCUGAUGCUGCUAAUGAUCUCUGCUUGAGCCCUUUUGUCCUCCGACUCCGAGAACGACCUCCCCAUCUCGCCGUCUCAUAUUCGAUCGCACCAGCGACGGUAUAGCUCGCCCACAAUGCUUGCCAGGUCGUGUUUGCGCUCGACGCGCACCUUCAAUGGCCUCCGGAACGGCCCUUCUGCUGUCACCAAGCGUGCCGCUUCCUCGAGCUCCAGCGCCGCCAGCGAUGCCUCUGCCACCCGAUUGAACCUGGCUGCCGCCGCCUCGACUACCCUCGCCCUCGGCUCCAUGGCCUGGUACUAUCACCUUUAUGGACCUGUCGCCUUUGCUAUGACUCCCGCUGAAGAGGGACUUCACGCUACCAAGUACCCUUGGGUUCACAACAAGUGGUUCAAGACCUUCGACCACCAGGCUCUCCGCCGUGGUUUCCAGGUUUAUCAGGAGGUCUGCCAGUCCUGCCACUCCCUCAGCCGAAUCCCCUACCGAACUCUCGUUGGUUCCGUCUUGACCGUUGACGAGGCCAAGGCCCUUGCUGAGGAGAACGAGUACCCCGGUGAGCCCGAUGAGCAGGGCGAGAUCCAGAUGCGUCCCGGAAAGCUGGCCGAUUACAUGCUUCCUCCUUACAAGAACGAGGAGGCUGCUCGAUUUGCCAACAAUGGUGCUCUUCCCCCGGAUCUGUCUCUUAUCAUCAAGGCCCGUCACGGUGGCUGUGACUACAUCUUCAGCUUGCUCACCGGCUACCCUGAAGAGCCCCCUGCUGGUGUUCAGGUCGCUCCCGGCAUGAACUUCAACCCUUACUUCCCCGGUACCGGUAUCGCCAUGGCUCGUGUCCUUUACGACGGUCUCGUCGAGUACGAGGAUGGUACUCCCGCCACCACCUCUCAGAUGGCCAAGGAUGUUGUCGAGUUCCUCAACUGGGCUGCCGAGCCCGAGAUGGACGACCGAAAGCGAAUGGGUAUGAAGGUCCUUGUCGUCUCUGCCUCUCUGUGGGCCGUCAGUGUCUGGGUGAAGCGAUACAAGUGGGCUUGGUUGAAGUCUAGAAAGAUCGCCUACGACCCCCCUAAGGAGGUCAAGGUCCGCCGCUAAAGGGGCAACAUCUCAAAGUCUCAUUUGUAUACUAGUCGCCCCUAGAGCAGCUCCUUUGUCGGCGGUGGCGGGUAGAAAAGAAGCCUGGUCGUGGAAGGAAAGGUGGAUGUUAGAGUGUAAAUCAGAUGAAUCGUUUUCAAUACCUUAUUCGACAAACUACACUGGGAAAUAUGCAGGGGUGAUUGGUGGUAAAAAUGUGAAAGCUUUCUGUACUCAUGGCUGCCACUUUGGCCAACUUUAAUGCUUGAUAUGAUUCUCAUGUCCUGAUCUGAAUAACCCGAGUUCAUUGGAUUCUCAUCAAAAGCCUUGGUUAAGUUUACUAUGUCACCUUUCAACCCCAC